AUGGAGAAACCAAUACAGUCAAGUACUGCAACUGCUACUACUACUACUACUACUACUACUACCACUACUACUACCAAUCCCAUCAACACUGCCACUACAUCUAAUUUCUUCCAGAUUACAUCGACGCCUGAGUCCUCCGUCUCAUCUUCCACAAUCGCCCCUUCCAACGCCACACACGACUAUCAUCCUUCCUUUCUGAAUCAAUUCUCAUCCCAUCCAAGUCCCUCAUCACAUUCAUCAUACUAUUCUCCUAGAAGAUCUACCCCGAUAGACAUGACAACACCUCAAUCUUCAAUUGAUGAUAAUAAAAUAUGUCAAUGGUACUGUUGUUCAUGUGGCCAAUCUUAUGGUUCGGUGAUAUAUAAACAUAAGCAUGAUGACGAUGAUCAAGAACACGACGCCAAUGACGAAAUACAAGAACAUGGAGAACAAGAACAACAACAUUCAUUUCGUCCUCAAAGAGUGCGAGAAAAUUCCAGUAAUAAUUAUAUUAUGGAUAAUUUACGAUAUUAUAGUCGAGUCGUGUAUCGAGAUCAUAUUUCUGCGGGUUUACUGACAGAACUGGAACAACAGCGACAACCGCCACUACAUUCUACUACAAGGCCACUUCCAAUUAGAUCAAUAUCCGAUUAUACCGAUUGUAAACAACCAAUGCCAAUUAUUGCCAAUCAUCCAAUGCUUGUAACUCAUUCAGCGCAACCUUCAACAUCUCCAAGUCAAUUAUUAUCACCUAUAAGUUUAGAUGGAACCAACUAUCAAGAUGAUAAUGUGAUUGUAAGUAUACCUACCCGAUUUACUUGUCAUAGAUGUGAUCAUAUGAUGUGUCCGUACUGUCCGAAAUUAAGAUUAAAAGAUUUACGAUGA